AUGUCGUUGUCUCUGUCGGUGGCCAGCUGCCUCGGAAUAUUGCCCUCCGUUCCCAGGAGACUGGCGGUGCUACUAUUCCUUGGUACUAAACCUCUGGUCAUCGGCAAGGCCGAGGAUUGCCACAAGUUCUCCUCUAUCCUCGACAACAUUGGUGUCGAUCAGCCCGCCUGGAGGGAAUUGACCUCUGUCUCUGAAGCCGAGAAAUUCGCCGAGGCUGCUCGUUACCCCCUUCUUGUUCGUCCCGGUUAUGUCCUGUCCGGUGCCGCCAUGAACGUCACCUACAGUGUCGAUGAGCUCAAGGAGAAGCUCCUUAACGCUUCUGCCGUUUCCCCUGACCACCCCGUCGUUAUCUCCAAGCUCAUUGAGGGUGCUGAGGAAAUCCACGUGGAUGCCGUUGCCUCCAACGGUAAGCUCCCCCACGACCUGGACUGGUCCUCUCGCCAUGAUUUCCCCAUACAAGAUCGGAGCUGA